AUGCAAGGGAGCGUUUAUAACUUUGCCGAGCAGCUGGAAGGCCGGCAGCAGCUGGCGGGAAUCUCUUUGGUUCAACUUCUGUUUCCUCUUCUCUCGCUUUUAUCAGGCUGUUUCUGGGCGGCGGCGGCUAUCCUCAUGUUGUCCUUUGGGGCUGAAGCUUUCCCUCUGUUGGACUCCUCGGGCGAAGAAGAACCUCGCGAUGACCAGUCUAUCAGGACUUUGCCAGCUAGUCACGCCUACGUGCAGCUGGCUCGUUGGCUCCAAUCAAAGGCUGCUGCUUGGAAACGAGAGCUGUGCAACGAUCAAACUGCAUGUGAAGGCAGCAUGGAAAUGCCAAUACACAAUCUUAACCUUCCAAAAAUCACUAAAGAAGAUGGAUGCAUGCAACCUGGAUUCAACAAGGAAAAAUGCCUGAAAGGACUUUCAACUGGCCUUUAUGCAUUUCAGACAUUCUUGGAAUAUUUAGAAGAACGUCUUAUUGGUAAUACAGAAGAAACUGUACUUUUAUGGCAAAGCACACAGCACCUGGCAAAUGGCUUGAAAUCAAUGAUGAUUAGGCCUGAUGAAGUGACGAUGCCUGAUCCAGUGGCUCAGAAAACUCUUUCUGCAAAACUACGAGAACAGAAGAGAGGUUGGAAUGUCAUUGUUAUCAAGCACCUUAUACUUCGAAGUUUUACUUCCUUUAUGGAGAAAACUACAAGAGCAAUUCGCUGCAUAAGUGAGACCCGCAACUGUAGUGUCUAAAUUGUGUUUGUUGUUGCCCAUCUUUCUAUAUAUUUAAUUUUCUUAAACGUACCCGUCGCUAAUUCCAUGUGUGGCAGCUCUCGUGAGAGUUCUCAAGCAGCUGCUGAACUAGCAACGGGGACAGGAGAGAAAAUAGGGAUGGGGGCUGCCGGCAGGAGGAGGUGGCGAGCCGGCUUUCCCG